AUGCCCAGAAUAAAGGUCCUCAUCUCCGGCGCUGGAAUCGCGGGAAACGCCCUUGCCUUCUGGCUGUCGAAACUCGGCCACGAGGUAACCGUCCUCGAACGGUUCCCCAAUCUUAGAGCCAGCGGUCUACAGGUUGAUUUACGCGGUCACGGGGUCGAGGUUCUCAAGCGCAUGGGUCUUGAAAGCGCGUUCCGUGCUAAGGCUGUUCCGGAGCUGGGGAUGCAGGUUGUUGACAGUGAAGGGAGGCGGCAGACGUACUUUCCUGCGAGCAAGUCAAAAGACGGCGCGCAGCAGGGAUUCACGAGUGAUUGGGAGAUCAUGCGAGGUGAUUUCUGUCGGAUUCUGUAUGAUGCGACGAAGGAUAAGGCCAAGUAUAUCUUUGGGACGUCGGUUGAGAGGUUUGCGGAGAAUGCGUCCGCUGCUGGGCUGGACGUUCGAUUCACGAAUGGAGAAAGUGCCCACUUUGAUAUUCUCGUCGGCGCGGACGGGCAGAGGUCACGGACGAGGGAGAUGGUGCUUGAUUCCCGCGCCGAGGACCCCUUUCAUCCGCUGGGUGAAUACACCGCGUACUUUACGAUCCCGCGACCGAUGAAUGACGGAGAGGAGUACACCGCCACGACGUACAUUGCGCCUGGAGGGCGAUUUAUCCUGACGCGGAGACACGAUCCCCAGAGAAUUCAAGUUUACCUGACCGGAAAGAGUGUUGGGGAAAGGCUGAAAACUGUCCAGAGGGGAGAUGUGGGUGAGGAAAAGAAGGUCUUUGCCGACGUCUUUCGCGGCGCGGGGUGGCAGGCAGAUGAAAUCGCCGAGGCCCUGAUGGAAGCAGAAGACUUUCACUGCGAGUCUCAGGGUCUCGUAAGGCUGGACUCCUGGCAUAAGGGGUGUGUGGUGCUGCUCGGGGAUGCGGCGUACUGUCCUUCCGCGAGUACCGGCAUGGGUACGUCUAGCGCUAUUGUUGGUGCUUACAUCUUGGCGGGGGAGAUUGAGAGACAUUGUGGAUAUAGUUCAAGUCAAGAAAGAGAGGAAGAUACGGCGAAAGGGUCCUAUACGCCGGCAUUCCAGGCUUACGAUGACAAGUUCCGACCGUUUAUGGACCAGGUACAGAAAGGCGUUGGGGAUCCGAGUGUGUUUGAUAACAUUCAGUGGUCCCCAUUUACGAUCAGGAUACUGUACUGGGUGAUGUGGCUUGUAUCAUGCUUGAGGUUGGAUUUAUUUGAAGCGUUCCUGAGCGAUCAGCCAGUCAAGCGGUGGGAGUUGCCAGAGUAUGAGUGCUUGAAUAGUACAGAGUAA